CCAUUGCACUUCAAAUAACAUUGAAAAGUCAUAAUUCUCAACACUUAGAAUUAUUAUGCCCUUUGAAAUGCUAUCAAGUGAUGUGAACAUUACUUACAUUACAUCGUUUUUGACGGUUGCUGACCCCUGUCACUUAUACGUUUUGACGGCUGACCAUUGCCAUCCAUUUCUUCCUGCGCUCUUGGUCCUUGGGGAAGCCAUACAUGUGGUAACCCUUCUCGGACCGAUUGGAGCAUCCAAACGCUGCACAGCCAACCAUGCUCUGGGGUGGACCAACGCACUUGUGGUUCACACCGCCGACGACUUUUUGGACAAUAUCAUUCAGAGAACCCACACCAAAUAUCAGCUGGAAUCCCAUCUGCAGCUUGUGAUGAUGUCAUCACAUCACCCACACGGUGGCUGUCCAUUGGCUCUUGUCAUUCUGCUUCUCGUGUCCAUGGAUCCUACAGCCACUGAGGUGGUGAGAUCAGUCAGCGACUGUGCUAAAUUCUUCCUGGAAGAAACCCCACCAGAAAUACCAGGAGUCCUGCAGCACGGAACCAUUCAGGACCAGAAUCGCUACAAGCCCAUUUGCCAAACAUUCUAUAAUACCAGGAGGUUCAUGACGCUCUAUGACACAGAUAAGAAGAUCCCAGUGUUUUCUGCAUAUAGAUACACAGGACACACAGUGGACAGACCCAGUGCCAUAUGGAAGGGGGAGCCACAGCUUGAAACUGCAACGAGUACAGAAGUGAACAUGAGAAAAAUGAAGAAACCAACACACCAGGCUUCCCUAAUAGACUACAAGAGUAAAACUUAUAAUAAAGGGCAUUUGUUUCCAAGUUCUCAUGCAAGCGACAAAGUUGUUCAGGAAUCCACGUUCACCAUGACCAAUGCAGUGCCACAAGAUAAAACAUUCAAUGUCGGGAGCUGGGGCAGAAUGGAGGAAAACGUAAAAGAUCGGAUGGAUGAAUUAUGCUACAACCAAAACGACCAAAUUGAAGCAUUCGUUGUGACAGGAGCGAUUCCCAGUGCUAACACACCACCACUCAACAACAAGGUCAAUAUACCAACAAUUCUCUGGACAGCAUUUUGUUGCUUUAACAAAGAUAGUGGAAAAUGGUUAACAUCCGCACACUGGGGUGACAACAAUGCAAAUACUCCUAGGCUAGAGACCAAAACUUUACUACAACUGAGAGAUACUCAUAGGCCUGCAUGA